AUGAUCUUAAAACUUGGGGUGCAUGUGUUUUUAGGUUCAAAGCAAUUGCAGGAGGAAGGGGAUUCUUCUUCAAAAAACAAGCAAGUGGUGGUGGAAGGUGAAGCGCCCCAUCAAGAAAAUCAUUACCUGCCAAUGUUCAAUGUGCUAAGAAUCGUGCACCAAGCUCUUCCACCGAAUACAAAAAUCACCGAUGAAUUAAAGAUAACAAUGGUAGAGAGCGUGACUGAAUUCAUUAGCCUCAUCACUAGCGAGGCUAAUAUACGGUGCCAAAGCGAGCAACGAUCAACUAUUACAACAGAAGAUUUGUUAUGGGCAAUGAGGAGGUUAGGUUCUCAUAAUUUUGCUGAGUUUUGCACUCUUUACUAUAAUCGUUAUCGUCUCGAUGCAGCUGCAUAUCGUGUGCCACCACCGUUAUCAACAGACCCAUAUCCAAACCCAACUAAAAAAGAUGAGUCAGGAGCUAGUAGCAGCUCAAGCGGUGCCAAUGUUUACUUUGAGUCUACUGCUUACCUUAAUCCUGACAAAUUCUUCGAUGACUGA